GAAACUUUAUUUAGAUUGGAAUAAGCCCACUGUAAUAUUAGAUACUAUAUAUACAUAUAUAUAUGUAUUUAUAUAUUUGGGUGCUGUACUGUCUCAGUGUGUAGAUCUUGUUUAAUAGCUAAGGAUAAUAAUAAUUUUACUAUUAAAAGAUUGGGUACAGUGUGUGUGAGAAAAAAAAAUUAGAGCAAAGAGCAGGGGGCUGGGCUGGGGCGGUUGGAGAGGGAAGGAAAAAAAAAGCUUCCUAAAAGAAUGAGAGUCUGGGCUAUCAGAAGCAUAGCCAUACUAGUACUUCUUCAACUGCUUCUGCUGCUUCCAUCAGGUUCCACAUUCAGUCACUUUCACACCAACCAACAUCAUGGGCAACUGUGGCACUAGAGAGGAAUCUGCUGUUGUCUCCAAUGCUCAAGUUCAACAGCAGCUCAACCAUAUGUUAUCUUCAUCCUCUGUGGGUGUUAGAAAUGGUGUCUCUGAGAAGAAGCAUAGUCGGUCUGUAUCAGAUCUGAGUGAUCCUUCUUCUACCCCGCGAAAGUUUGAGGAUUCUAGGAAGAAUGCUGUUCUUUAUACCCAUGUUAUUGCCUUUACUUUAUAUGAACUCGAGACUAUAACUAAGAGCUUCCGCUCUGAUUACAUUCUGGGCGAAGGUGGAUUUGGGACUGUUUAUAAAGGCUACAUUGAUGAGAAUGUCAGGGUUGGACUCAAAUCUCUCCCUGUUGCUGUCAAGGUUCUCAACAAGGAGGGCUAUCAGGGCCACCGUGAAUGGCUUACGGAAGUCAACUUUCUGGGACAGCUUAGGCAUCCUAAUCUGGUGAAGUUGAUUGGAUACUGUUGCGAGGAUGAUCAUAGAUUACUUGUUUACGAGUUUAUGUUCCGAGGAAGUCUUGAAAAUCACCUCUUUCGAAAAGCGACUGUUCCAUUGUCUUGGGCCACAAGACUGAUGAUUGCUCUGGGAGCUGCCAAAGGGCUUGCUUUCCUUCACAAUGCUGAAAGGCCUGUUAUAUAUCGGGACUUCAAAACCUCUAAUAUACUAUUGGACUCUGAUUAUACAGCCAAGCUAUCUGAUUUUGGGCUCGCAAAAGCUGGGCCACAAGGUGAUGAGACCCAUGUAUCAACUCGAGUGAUGGGUACUUAUGGUUAUGCAGCCCCUGAAUAUGUGAUGACUGGUCACUUGACCGCAAGGAGUGAUGUAUACAGCUUUGGCGUUGUUCUUCUUGAGCUAUUAACAGGAAGGAAAUCUGUGGACAAGACAAGGCCCAGCAAAGAGCAAAGCUUGGUAGAUUGGGCCCGUCCAAAAUUGAAUGAUAAGAGAAAAAUGCUGCAAAUAAUUGAUCCUAGAUUGGAGAACCAGUAUUCUGUAAGGGCAGCACAGAAAGCCUGCAGCUUAGCAUACUAUUGUUUGAGCCAGAAUCCAAAGGCAAGGCCCUUGAUGAGUGAUGUAGUUGAAACUUUGGAACCUCUACAGUGCAGUAAUGAUGGUGCUAAUGAAAUCUCAUCAACCCCAAACCUAGCAGGCGGUACCGGUGCAUUUGCAAUGGGGGGAGUCCCUGAUUAUCGAAUGCGUCGUAGAUUUACCAACAAUGUCGGUCCUGGUUCAAGUUGUAGGUCACCUAAUCCUAAUUGCUCCCCGGGGGGUCCUGCAGCUUGUAGGGUUAGAUGAGCAACGAUACCUCUAUGUAUUUGGUGUGCUUUUUCUCUCCCAACUGUCUUUGGGAAUGACAAAUCUGAUUGUUAAACCAUGAGUGCAUUUGCUUCUUGGUACUCCCUGUACAUUCUGUCUCUUGAUCCCCAGCUGUUAAUCGUUGCUGUCUGACUUUGUGCUUGUAUUACUUUGCUAGUGAAGUUUUCUUUCAGCAAUGGAAAUUGCCAAAUGAAACUAGCUUUUAUUGUCCCAAAUGAAAAUGACCAAAGCAGAAAUAGAAACACUUUUUCUUGUCCAGGAAAUGGCCUGCAUAUUAUCUGCUACUCUUUACUGACAGUAAGGUAUGCAGGCUGAAAAUAUUCUUAGAAACUGCAAUCCCAUUUAACAACAAUGAAUCCAUGGCUUGUGGGUUGCCUGAUUUUGUGCUUGUUGGUUUUAAAAGUAGGCCUCUUAUGCCAAUUUCUUAAUUUUGUUCUGGAGUUUUCAAGGAUGAUGCAAGCCUCUGCUUGCCUCGGUUUCAGUGUAUCCAUUUCGCUGGUCGCACAGUGGCUCCAGAGUCCAGCCUUUUUGGGACUUCUGAACAUCUGAAUUGGCCCAAUGCCAACUACUCUGUUCAUCCAAUCAGAGAUUUCUCCAGCUAAUACAAGAUAAUAUUUCAUUUGCUUUUUAUAUAAUUGGCCCGUCCUCGUCCUUGAUAUUGUCUCCAUCGGUGGUUUAGCUUGAUUCCAUAACAGCAAAAAAUAUCCAUUGAUUGACUCUGCACCACACAAAUUUUAUUCUCUUUUCACUUCUUUCUCUGUCUGUGUCCAUGUGCGCAUGAGCUUGUGCAUGUGUAUUCCUUUCAAAGUGUGCAAGUUGGGAUCAAUCACACCAUGAAACUAGUGGUAUUAUUACUUGUUUUUCAUUUGAUCAUUAGCACUCCUGGUAAGUUGAAUUCUGAGCAAGACCUUCAUCUCUAUUGAUCCCUCUUGUGGCUGCUUAUGUUCUCAGUAAACCAUGGUUACCUGCAGCUGAACUGUUGCCAGUACAAGCAUUAUCAACAGCAGCAGGGGAAUUCCAGCCUGUGGAGCCGAUUGGAUACCGGUCAAUUGAGGCGACGGCGCGGGGACGAAGGCUGGCACCCUUCCAGCUGUGCUUGUUGUGCAAGUGCUGUACUGCGGCUGCUUCCACUACCUGUGCCACUAUGCCUUGCUGCUUUGGCAUCGAUUGCCAGCUGCCUAAUAAGCCUUAUGGGGUUUGUGCUUUUGUACCCAAAACUUGUAACUGUACCUCGUGUGCUUCCUAAUGCUUCUUCUUCUUCUUCUUCUAUUUUUUUUUUUCCAUUUAAAGGAUGCUUCACAAUAGUAGAUUCUCUGCCUUCACUUAAACUUGAUAAUUGAUAGAGAUAUCAUUUACUGCAAAAAGUAGACAUCAAUUUGAUUGCUGUUUUUAUUGAUACC